AUGCGGGGAGAGCGGCUAACCGGGGCCUUGCUGGCGGCGCCGGGCCGCUGCGUAGGAGGGGUCCGCUCCCCCAAUCCCAGCACAACACCCGAGACGGCCAGGGAGGGCCCAGACUUCGUGCUGGUCUGGGAGGAGAAGCUGCGCCCCCCGAAGAAGAAGAGGAGGAGGAAGCUGCCCUGCCCUGAGGCCAGCGGUGACCGGCCAGGGGGGCGCCACGAGCGCUGGCAGAGGAAAUUCCUCAACAACCUAAGAAAUGCCGGGCUCCUGAUGGAGAAGGAGGAGACGCUGAGCGAGCGGAAGAGCAUCCACUACCUGAAGCUGAGCGCCCCAUGGGACGUGCUGGUGUACUACGCCGAGGAGCUGUGCCUGCGAGCGCCCCUGCAGGGCGAGGUUGACAGAAACAAAAGCGCCCGUUGA